AUGGACAUGGUGCCAAGUAGCCCAAGUAGUGCUACUGGCCAUGGCUAGCUCAUCAUACUGUAUUAUUAAUCCUGAGCCUAAUAGGCUGCAUUUUGAACCCCAGCUGAUCCCAUGCCGCUGAAUUCCAAGAUGCCAGGCAACAGCUUAGAGAGGGUAGCCUACCAGUUACUUAAACUAGUCCUUACACAGUACACAUGACCUAAUGGCCUGGUCAGGAAACUUUGAUAUGUCUGCAUGGGAGGGGAGUGAUGCCAGGAGGCCAAUGUUUAUGCUGCCCAAGACUAAGCCUACACGUUACCAAGGAACGUCCACGAGUGCUACAAGUAUGACCAUGAACAUGACUAAAAUACAACCUAUCACAUCUUUGUCUGCUGGUCUUGCCAAUGUGGUUAUAUGUGGUGUUGUGCUGGCAAAGGAAGAACCAAAGAACAUCAUGUCAAAAAAGAAUCCCGGGAGCGAACGUUACCUCCUAAACUUUACGAUUCGAGAUUCUCCCUAUGAUUUCAUUAAUGCUACUUGCUGGGGAAGCAAGGAAUAUAUUCAGAUUUUGGCUGGGCUGUUCCACAUUGGAGAUAUCGUUGAGAUUGCCAAUCCACAGGUUCAGAGUAAACCAAAUGAUGGGAGAGACGAAAAAUUCAGGGCUAUUACUCCCGGUCCUUUUUCACUGAACAUAAGUGAGAACCACUCCACAGUGAAAUUAUACGAAGGCAGUGAUGUGGAGGACUUCAACAAACUGCAUAACAUCCCAGUCAAAGCUUCUGACGACUUCUACACUCUUGGAGACAUCUUGGCCAAUGGUCAGAACAUCAGCGGCGAAACAAUCAGCAUCCUUGCUGGAGUCAGGAAGGUUGGGGCCUUAAGGGAUGUCCUCUGCAAAAAUGGAAGAACAGUUAAGAAAUGCGAAGUCUUUCUUUUUGAUGAAACUUGUACAAGCUUUCUCAUGACACUAUGGAAUGAAGAACUUGCAAAUGCUGCCCAGGGGUGGAUACCAAAAGAACACAUUCUUUUUGCUGCUGAUGUCCGAGUCUCCUAUGACACUUUCAGAAAGAAGAUGGUGGCAUCAACUUCAUCUCAGACAAUCUUUACCAUUAACCCAGAUACCAAAGAAGCCUAUUCCCUGUACCAAUAUGCACAGACUGUGGACUUCAGUACAGAUAACUAUUCCUUUGGCACAGAGGAUCAAGCCUUUGACAUGAACAAGGUGAAGACAGUUUAUUCUGUUGAAAAGCUGAAGUCCUUAUGUCGUGACGGAGUAGAGAACAAGGAGGUGGAAUACGGCAUUGUCUUCGCUUAUCUCUCCAGCUUGAAUUUGGAUACAGAAAGCUUCUGGUGUAUCGCUGCAAGAUGCAAUCACUGCAAGAAACGCAUGGAUCUGAAGACCAAGAUUUGUUCAAAUCUCACAUGCCCGAAUGGUGGUUUUGGUGAUGGCCUUGGUGAUGGUCCACAAGAUUUCAAACUGGAAUUCAACAUCCUCGUCUCCAUCUCUGAUCAUACUGGGACACUCGCAGCAUGUCAUUUAGAUACUCCUUAUGCAGAGAAAAGCCUAGGUUGUUCUGUUGAUGAAUACAUGAGGUUAUCUGAGGAAAAGAAGACGGACCUCAAGUGGAAAUUACUACUGGAGAAGUGCAAGAUAUAUGUCAAGGUCUUCCUGCCAUCGAUGAUGCGGGCCAAAGCGAUGGUGAGGGUCAUGUCCCUUGCCAUAGCUGAUCCAAUGGAGGCAGCAAGAAAUAUCAGAGACUCAGAGAUAUGAAUGCAUCAGUGGUUCAUGUGACAGACUAAACAUUUCAAACUGCUAUGGUUGUGGAAAUAGUAGUGUUUGGAGGGACAGUUUGAUGUCAGUUCCAUUCAAAAUGAUAAAUUUGAACUCAGUUGACAGUGAAUAGUGUAUUGGACCAUGCUGACUAUAUCGAAAGUAGUUGUGAGCUUAUUCGAAGUGUCAACAUUUUGAAAUAAUCAAACAUGUCCCAAAGCUAAUCUAUAGUCCACCUACUCAUGGGAGAGGUUGAAGACCAAACUGAUGUUUGGUAGUGCAUAUAGGUUGGACACUGUCAGUGUUAUUGUUUUGUACAAACUUGUUGUCAAAGGAGUGCCGUCCUGACAUACAGUGUUGAAUUUAUGUUAUUUAUUUG